AUGAACAUCACUGAUAGACUACUUACAUCGAAAGAACAGCAGAGGCUGAAAGAAGAGCUGCUAGCAACGAAUGAUGACUUCAUACGACAGAUCCCAAAGGUCGAAAUGCACAUCCACAUCGAUGGAAUGGUCACGCCAGAGCUUCGAUGGAAACUAGCCCAAAGAAAUGGAUUAGAAGUGCGCAUGGGAAACAACAAGCCCGUCAUCAAAUCUCUCGAUGACUUGAAGAAAGCCUACGCAUCCGUCAUCUCAACUUCGAAGCGCCACCAAUAUCAACAUCUCGAUCCGUCUCUGAUUCCACCUACCUUCUUCGAAGCUUACUACUCUAGCCAUGACGUCCUUCGAACGCGACAAGACUUUUAUGACGUCGCGAUGGCGUAUUUUCGAGGUGCUUCGGAGAUGAAUGUGCGAUAUUGUGAAGUGUUUUUUGACCCGCAGGCCCAUACGAGCCGUGGUGUUUCUUGGGAAGAUAUGAUGGGAGGACUUCGUGAUGCGCAAGAUGAAUCGGCCAAGACCCUGAAUGUCAGAUCUGCUUGGAUUAUGUGCUUCCUUCGCGAUCAAUCUCCAGAGUCUGCAAUGGAACACUAUCAAGCAGCGCUUCGAUAUCGAGAUAUGAUUAUCGGUAUUGGACUCGAUUCAAAUGAACACAAACGGCCUCCUAUUCUAUUUAAGGAAGUCUUUCAGCGGGCUAAGAAAGAUGGUUUCAGAAUCACAGCACAUUGCGACGUCGGUCAGCAAGACACGCAUCAGAAUAUUCAUCAGCUCAUCUCACCGUCCGAGGGAAUCCUCACACAUCGCAUCGACCACGGUCUAAACGCAGCAGACAAGCCAGAGCUUGUGGAACUUAUCACGAGCCAAGGCAUCGGCAUGACAAUCUGUCCCUGGGCUUAUCUGCGGCGCUUCAAUCUCGAGGAAACGGGCCGUCGUCUGCGGACGUUGAUUGAUGCAGGUGUCAAGAUUUGCAUUUCCAGCGAUGACCCUCCGUUAAUGGAAGGCACGUGGGUUAUGCAUAACAUACUGCUCGCCAGAAAGUUGUGUAGCUUGACCGAAGAGGAUAUUGUGCAGAUGAUGAAAGAUGCGGUGGAGAUUUCUUGGGCGGAUCAAGACGUGAAGACAGAAAUCUUGGCAGAGCUUGGAGGGGAUUCAUAUAGAUCCGGGGUUGAAAGAUAG